AUGCUUCAAAACGGGAAAUCCAUCCGAGCCCAUGCCACCGAGGUCAAUUCGGUGUGCUUUAGCGGCAGUGGCAAGGUGGCGUUCACGGCCAGCAGUGACGGCACCGUACGAGCGUGGGACUCGUACUCGUGCCAGGCCAAAGCAGACUAUCGUGGGCUCGGGAUGUCGCAGCCGCUCAUUUGCGUGCGCGUCUCGGAAGACGGCGAACUUGUGCUCGGGACGGGGUGCGAUCGCAUAUGCCAAGUGUGGCGAGUGGGGACGGGCCGCAUUGCCCACACACUGCUGGGACACAAGGGAAAAGUGUAUGCGGCCGAGUUUAUGCUGGAUGGGUCGACCGAAGUCCUCACGGGUGGCGCCGACCGCAGCAUCCGCGUUUGGGAUGUAUCGAAUGGCCGCAACCUCCAAACAUUCAGCUGUCGGUCGACGUGCAACGACUUGGCUGUUGCACCUGGCGGGCUCGUUGCGAGCGCGCAUCAAGAUGGAGCUGCACGGUUUUGGGAUGCCCGCACCAAGGCGCCAGUAUUUGAAUGGACCGACUUGCAUGCGGACCAAGUCACGUCGGUGUCAUUUUCCAAGGUAAUGGACUGGUGCGUGGCGAGAUGUGUGCGCGGACUGCUUGGAGCGAUGCAUAUACGAGUGUUGUCCACUUGAGAGGCGGUCGUGUGUGUGUGUGAUUUGGCUUUGAAUCGCGCUGGAAGGAACCCACGAGUUGUGCCCUCAACGGCAUGUGUGGUCUGGUUGGAUGGAGGGAGACGCGCAAGUGUGUGUAGGGCGAGUCGAUUCGCCUGCCCCCCCCUGUCUCUGUACAUGUGUGUUUUUUAGGAUGGCACCAAGCUCCUGACCAACUCGCGAGACAACUCGCUUCAGCUGCUCGACAUGCGCAUGAUGCAAGUCACCCCUGGGACGUUCCAACAGAACGUGGCCUUGGGACUGUACAAGUCGCCAUCGUACGCGUGUGGGUUCAACUGGAGCAAGGCAUCGCUGACGCCGGACGGGCAGUUUAUUGCAGCAGGAAGCACGUCAGGGUCGGUCCUGAUCUGGGACGCUGUAACGACGGCCGUGUGGCGAGAAAACAAAGACACCCACACAGGGGCCGUCGUCGGGUGCAUGUGGAGCCCCAGCGGCAACAUGCUCGCAUCCUGCGACAAGAAUGGGUGCUUGGUCUUGUGGAAGUAAACGAUAUCGAUCACACGAUUCUUGUCCAUGCA